ACGAGGACGAGGCCGAGGGACGCCCUUUUUUUUGACGGGUGAUGCAUGGGAUCUGCUACCGGCUAUUGCAGAUAAAUACAUCGUUUCCGAGAUCUCGCUACACCUGUUCUGUGAUUCAGAGGAACGUGUCCUCUUCGCUAUUCUGUGGAUUUUUCAUUAGGAGCUCACACAGCGCAACCAAGAUGACGGUGGAUCUGGAAUGGCCCGUCUCCAGAGUGCGACAGACGUAUAUCGAAUUCUUCACCCAAAAGCACCAACACACCUUCGUUCCCUCCUCUGCCACAAUUCCGCACGAUGACCCGACACUCCUGUUUGCCAACUCGGGUAUGAACCAGUUCAAACCCAUCUUUUUGGGUACUGUUGACCGGAACUCUGACUUGGGAAAGCUCAAGCGCGCUGCCAACACACAGAAAUGCAUACGUGCUGGAGGAAAGCACAAUGAUCUCGAAGACGUAGGAAAGGACACUUACCACCAUACCUUCUUCGAGAUGCUUGGAAACUGGUCGUUUGGUGACUACUUUAAAAAGGAAGCCAUUGCCAUGGCCUGGGACCUUCUCACCAACGUGUACAAGUUGCCCUCGGAUCGCCUGUAUGUCACUUACUUUGGUGGAGAUGAGAAAAUGCGGUUGGCACCUGAUGAGGAGGCCAGAAAAUUGUGGCUGGACAUUGGUGUUCCUGAGGACCACAUCUUACCCGGUGAUAGUAAAGAUAAUUUUUGGGAAAUGGGUGAUCAAGGUCCCUGCGGUCCAUGCAGUGAAAUCCACUUUGAUAGAAUUGGCGGGCGAAAUGCUUCACAUUUGGUCAAUCAGGACGAUCCGGAUGUCCUGGAGAUUUGGAACCUCGUCUUCAUGCAGUUCAACCGUGAACCUGACCGAUCCCUAAAACCUCUACCCAACAAACAUAUCGAUACCGGCAUGGGCCUGGAGCGACUCGUUUCAAUUCUACAGAAUAAGCGAUCAAACUAUGAUACGGAUGUCUUUGCAGGGAUCUUUGCUGCUAUUCAGAAGUUAACUGGUGCGAGACCGUAUGCAGGACGGGUUGGGCCAGACGAUGUGGAUGGAAUUGAUACCGCUUACCGUGUCGUUGCUGAUCAUAUUCGCACGCUCGCAUUUGCCAUCAGUGAUGGAGGGGUCCCUUCCAAUGAGGGCCGUGGGUACGUCCUGCGACGGAUUAUCCGACGUGCUGCUCGCUACGUCCGCAACAAAUUUAAUACACCGAUUGACGGUUUUUUCUCCCGGUUGGUGGAUACUGUGACCGCUGAGAUGGGUGAAGCUUUCCCGGAAAUCACAAAACGGAUUGAUGAUCUGAAGGAGAUUCUUGACGAGGAAGAGCGAAGUUUUGCUAAGACUCUUGACCGUGGGGAGAAGCUCUUUGGAGAAUACCUUGCAAAGGCUCGUUCUGAAAAUGCUAGUACACUGAACGGGGCGGAUGUCUGGCGGCUUUACGACACAUAUGGAUUCCCUGUCGAUCUGACCAGACUCAUGGCCGAAGAAAGCGGAUUGCAGGUAGACGAGAUGGAGUUUGAGAGGGCCCAACAGGCUGCCAAGGAACGAUCAAAAGCGACGGGUUCCAAAGAUAAAGGGGACGUGGUUGCACUGAACAUCCAUGAUUUGGGAGAGUUGGAGAAGAAUCCUGACGUGCCGAGAACUGAUGAUCGUUACAAGUAUGGCACUGAUGACAUUCAGGCCACCGUCAAAGCAAUCUAUGCCGAUGGCAAAUUUGUAAAGUCUGUUGCGAGCGAGUCAUUCACCCGACGAUUCGGUAUUCUCCUGGAUAAAACCAACUUUUACGCCGAGCAGGGUGGACAACAAUACGACACUGGCUCCAUCACUGUUGACGGUCAAGCGGAAUUCGCGGUAGACGAUGUCCAACCGUUUGGAGGUUAUGUACUUCACAUUGGCUACCUCAAGUACGGUAGUCUGUCUGUGGGUACGGAGGUGGUCUGUUCUUAUGAUGAAUUGCGAAGAUGGCCCAUUCGUAACAAUCACACCGCAACCCAUAUCCUCAAUUUCGCGCUAAAGAAGACACUGGGAGAUGUUGUUGAUCAGAAGGGCUCAUUGGUUGCACCGGAGAAACUUCGUUUUGAUUUCUCGGCAAAGAAUGCACCAACGAUAGAACAGUUGACUCAGAUUGAAGAUAUUUCCAACGAAUUUAUCAAAAAGAACCACAAGAUGUUUACAAAGGAUGUGCCAUUGCAUUUGGGCAAAUCUAUUAAUGGACUUCGUGCUGUGUUUGGAGAGACGUAUCCUGAUCCUGUCCGAGUCGUAUCAAUUGGCUUUGACGUUGAUGAAAUGCUCAAAGACUCUGCCAAUCCAAAAUGGUCGGAAACGUCCGUUGAGUUCUGUGGAGGAACACACGUCAAGCAAACUGGCGACAUAAAACGCUUUGUUAUUUUGGAAGAAAGUAGCAUUUCGAAGGGAAUCAGGCGAAUUGUUGCAGUCACUGGAGAAGAAGCAUUUGAGGUGCAACGAUUAGCCGACGAAUUUGACCGGAAGAUUGCGGAUUUGAAAGGAUUGCAAGGUUCAGCUUUGGAGACUGGGCUCAAGACGACUGGAAAGGAUCUUGAUGAGGCUGCGCUACCUGUAUUGCGAAAGCACAAGCUCCGACAAACGUUUGCUGCGAUCAAAAAGGAGUUUGAUGAUCAAGACAAGGCGCGGAAAGCAAAGGAGAUGAAGGAGGCUGCAGAGCGGGUGAAGACCUACUUUGACCAGAACCCCGACGUACCGUUUUUGGUUGAAGUUCUUCCAUACGGUGGCAACACUAAGGCACUUGCCAAAGCCAUUGAAGCUGUCAAGGGACUAAAGACAAAGGCUGCCAUGCUACUGACAGUUGACGCUGAAUCAAGCAAAGUAUCGUACCAAUGUAUCGUGCCCAAGGAAUAUGUUGAUAAAGGACUGAAAGCGACAGACUGGGCAGAUGUGGUGAGCCAAAAGGUUGGUGGCCGAAAGGGUGGUAAAGAUGAGUCCGCCGCAGGAGCCGGAACGGACCUUGCUGGCGUUGAAGAGGCCGUGUCUCUUUCCCUAGAGUUUGCCCGACUACGUCUCAGUGCCUAGAGACCUUGUUAGAGGACUUGACCUGAUACAUAUUGUUUUCUUAAGUACUAUUUGAUUUCUUGAAUUGGCCAUGCCUGCAGCAAACUGCACAUAUAAUGUCAUUCCUCCAAUCUUCAACUUUUUGC